CAUACAUUUUCAGAGACAUUUACAUUUCAAGGUGACUCCAUUCCGCAACCUCAACCCCCCAAGUCACAACCCACUAACCCAAUCCCAAGAAACCUCCCCAAACCCUUACAAACAUCAUGUCCUUCAAAAUCACCCCUUGCCUCUGGAUGGACACGGAAGGCGAAACCGCCGCCAAAUUCUACACCUCCAUCUUCCCCAACUCCUCCAUAACCCACAUCCAACCCUACUCCACCGCUGGGCAAUCCAUCCACAAACACACCCCCGGCUCCGCUAUGACGAUCGACUUCACGCUCAACAACAACCCGUUCCAAAUCCUCAACGGCGGGCCGGAGCCGAAGCCCAACAUGGCGACCUCGUUCAUCAUCUACGUCGACGACCAGAAGGAGUUAGAUUAUUAUUUCGAGAAGUUGGGGGAGGGGGGCGAUGACGAGAUGAAGGUUUGUGGGUGGGUGGUGGAUAAGUAUGGGGUUUCGUGGCAGCUUGUGCCGAGGGAUUUGGAGCGGUGGAUGAAGGAGGGGAGUCAGGGGCAGGUGGAGAGGGUUACGGAUGCGUUUAUGGGGAUGAAGAAGUUGGAUAUUGAGGGUAUGAGGAAGGCCUUUGAGGGGGAGAAGUGAGCGAGGGGAUUGGACGGGGAAAGAUGCAGUUCUGGAUGGUUUUAUGAGGUUAUGUGGGAGUUGGUACGGUGCUUUAU